UCUCCGGCUGUCAAACGUACAGAAAACAUGGCGCUAACAAUUUUCCUAGUUUUGUGAAUUAAGCACAAUAUUUUCUUUGGUUUAUCCACGUUUAAAGUGCAGUUUUGUAAACAAGAUUUUGUGGAAAACUCUUGUAACCGAUUGAAGUUUAGUUUUUAUUGAAUUGGAAUUGGUGUGAGUGCUAUGAAUAAUUGAAACUGAAGUGUGAAAAACGCGUCGUUGCGAAAGGUGGAAGUGAUAGAAAAACUAUAGCUAGUAAACUGAAGAGCGAAAGGGUGCAGCUACUGUAAGUAAAGGAAACGAAAAGGUAUAUCAAGUCGUGUCUGCUCCUGGCGCAUGGUAUACUCGUUGUCGUAGCAUUCGUAAGCGCAUAAUUAUCAACGAGAAAAAUGUCAACAAAAUUACGAAAAUAAGUGAAUACGUUCGGUGAAGACUCGAGGAAAACGCGCGUAAAUUGUAAUAAUUUAUCAUAUUUAUGUGCAGGCGUGCAAAAGUGGCAGCUAAUAUUUUUUUGUCGCCGUCAAUAUAAACAAAUGUGUUGAAGAAAUGAGUGCGGACACUUUUGAUGAAGAUUUUUUUGAAACACGCCUGGAGGCGCUUAAAGAUACACAGGAAGGCAUACAACAGAUGUCGGCAUGGUGUCUACAACAACGUACACACCACAAGAAGAUUGUGACCUGUUGGUUGAAUGUGUUUAAAAGAGUGCGAGUUGAACACCGACUCACUCUAUUCUAUUUGGCAAACGAUGUCAUACAGAAUAGCAAAAGGAAACGAUAUGAGUUUGUUGAAAGUUGGGCCACAGCCCUGCAACGUGCAACGACAAUGGUGAGGGACGAGAAGGUAAAGGGAAAAAUUUUGCGUAUAUUCAGCAUUUGGGAGCAGCGCGAGAUUUAUAGCGAAGAAUAUCUAAGCGAUUUAUGUGGUUUGCUAAAUAUAAAUCCACCAAAGAAAUCGCAAUCUGUGGCAUCCGAUUCAUCAGAUGAUUACACGAACGGCCCGCUUAUUACCAACAUACGCGAAUGUGUCGAACUCUCUUUGGCGACGGAUAACAGUUUUAAAAAGCUGCCUAAAGCGCCUAAUUGUGAUAUCGAAAGCAUUAAACAACAAAUAAAGGAUAAAAGCCAUUCAGAUGAUAUUGAAAAAGAAAUUGAACGCUAUACUACAUACGCUGAGGCAUACAGUAAGCAUUUGCAAGCGGAAAUUCGUAGCCGCAAAGCAGUGUUGACCAAUCUUGACACAGCCAUCAAAUUCUAUUCUAAUCAGCGUGGCGAAGUAAAGGUUGUCGUUAGCGCUUACAAAAAUUUUGGCAGUCGCAUAAAACUUGUCAAGAAGAAACUGGAUGAAAUAACACCAAACUUGCCUAGUCCUAUACCGUCGCCAGACAUAAAUGCACCGUCACCGGAACCAGAUGCCGAUCUGCCACUGCCCGAUGACCAAUCACCGAUCUCAAUUAAUCUCUUUAAAAAUUCAAUCAAUGGCUACUCAAGUUAUUUAGACGGAAAGUUACCAUUCGAUAUAAAUGAUUUUAAGAGCGACGAUAGUCCGUCAACCAAAUCAAGUCAGCCAAUCGAAGUAAUAGGUUCACGUUCCGACGAUGAGAGCUAUAGCUCCGGUACGGAGUACUACAAACCUGAACCCUUAAGCGGUUAUUCAAGCAGCAGCAGCAUUGCCAUACCAGGUUUGAACCCUCUGCCUGUGCCGCCAGUUGAAUCGGGAUACACCUCACUCGCACGUUCAGCUCAACAGUACGGCGGUUUAUUGCCUCCACCAAACACAUCGCUAUUUGGCGGAAACAAUGGGUUACAUCACGAUUACAACCCUAAUUACACUCCCGAUAGCGGUUAUCAUGGUGGUGGUGGUGUUGCUGCUGUUGGUGGCAAUACGGGACCAGGUGGGCAACCGUUAAUGCCACCACCGCCUAUACCAAAUUUAAAUUUAUUAGAUAACGUCAAUGGCAACAAUUGUAUUGGUGGGACGGCACGGCCUCCCAAUAACGGCAGUGAUGAAUUUAAUUCUUCGUGGAAUAUGAAUAUGACGUGGACAUCACUGGAUAGUUCCAAUAUAUCGAAUUCCUCUUACACUGGUGACAGCUUAGAUACGCCUGUUUCGCCGCCACAUUUUGACCGCGAAUCCAGUAGCGGCGGUGGCGCCACUAUUGAAUACAGCGAGCAGCUCACUAGCAAUGUUUUAAUAUCUCAGCAAGAUGUUGACCAUCGGCAACUACAUUUGCCCGCUUUCGAUGCGCCCAGUGUGGAUUUAGGUGUUAAAUUAGGUCUGAGUAAAGAGAAAACACGCCAACUGGAUAUCGACCAUAGAAAUUUAAUUUCGCUAACCGGCUCACCGGGUGGCAAUGAUAGCGACAAGAAAUCUUGGCUCUCACAAGACCAGAGUUUCCUCGGGAGUACAACUGGCGAUGUGGACUAUCGUGCUUUGCAGGUGCCAGUUUUAGCGUCAACGGAUAUGUCAUCACCACUUGGCUUGAUGGCACCGCCACCUCCUAGCUUGCAGAAGAAAACGAAUUCUCCACAGAAAAGCAAUGCCAGCUCUUCUUCGGACAAGGAGGAUUCUGGUAGUGCUCGCUACGAUCCCUCCGACAUGGUUAUCGACAUGGACAUGUCCGAUGAGGACCUCGAUGAUAUCUUAAGAGAGGUGAAUGAGCAACAAAGUGAUCAGCUCGACAGUUCGCAGCAAUCCAUAGGCAGUGGUGAUGCAACACUUGAUGGAUCCAAGGACCUAAUCGAGGAAGAACAAUUAGGUGCAGCUGGCACGAGGCCUGCAUUGUUGGAAACACCACCAGAAUAUGUGCCGCAACCGGUCUGGGACGGCAAUCAAUUAGGCCAAAUGCCCAUGCCUAGCUACGAGCCGCAAAACAUAGGGAUGAGCAUGGAAAUGCAGCAGCAGCAGCAACAGCAAGAAAUGUGGAAUCAAACGGCUUGGCAUAAUGGCGGUAAUGGUCGUGGUGGUGUGCCGCCACCACCGCGCCCGCCCUUUCCGUUGCCCUUUGGCAACUUCCCGAUGAAUGCCAACUAUCGUGGCGGCCGCGGUGGGCCUGGCUGGGGAAAUUCGCCGCAACAAAAUCAAUUUCGCAAUGAACGAUUCCCACGACCACAACGUGGUAGCCCGUACUUCAAUCGGGGCGGCCGAGGUGGUGGUAUGCGUGGCGGUUUUCGUGGUAAAUUUCGGGGCAAUCCAGCGUGGAUAUAAUUCAGAAGCUUCAAAUAAAAUAUUUACAAUGUAAAGAGUUAAGCAGCAAGCUAUAUACAUAUUUUUUUUGUACAUAACUAUGAAAUACUAUAUGAAAACUGAAAAUGAACUACAGAAUUUUAACGAUUUCAAAUAGCGAUUAGUGCUAAUUUAAGUAUGGCGUAUAAAUUAUGUUAUGAAGAUGAUUUGAUUAAUUAAAGUUCUCAUUGUUUAACUGGACCGUCAAUGCGCAGAAAAUGCAGAAUUUGGUAAAAAUAUAUAUUUGGAAAUAUAUAUUGCAGCCAUACACACUUACCACUGAUUCAAAAAGUGAAUGGAACAAAGUUAACAUUGCACAACAUUUGGAGAAAGAAAAUUAAGUUUUCUUAGAUUUUCAACUGUGAAUCGCGCCCAAGUCAAGUUAAACGGCUUCAACGUAAUUUAUAUACAGAACCUUAAUGCAAUCAAUUAUAUCUGCACAACUUCAUUGACAUAACUAAAAAUUAUUACAUUGCUAAAACAUAUUUUUACUGUAUUAAUUAUGUUUAAACUUUAAUGUUAAUUAUAAAAUUUACGAUAUUCGAUAAACCAAUAGAACGUCUUUACCAGCGAACAAUGUUGAAAAACAAAGCAUACUUGUAUUUUGAUUUCGUAUAUCGAUUAACAUAGUUCAUACGGGACUGAAUUGAAUGUUCAAGAACGUAUUUACUUUGCUGGUAAAGAUUUGCGAAGUUAGUUGUUAGUUCACUCUAUAGUCUUUAGUUUGUUUACCCUAAGCUUGGUAAAUGUCUAAUUUUAUCAAAGAACAUUAAUUUACCACCUCAACAAAACCCAUUGGAAGAUUAACUGCAAAUUAUAGCUUUUACUUUAUCCCGACCACAAAAGCACAUCUGCAUAUUAAAAAAAAAACGUGGAAAAGUCGAAAGCAAAACGGCACUGUUUACACUCAACAGAAACCCAAACUUUGCAUCCUUCCGCAUUAACAUUUUGUUUUCCUCAUAUUUUUUUUUUUUAUUUACUGCUACCCUCGUCUACCCCACAACAAUCCACAAGUAAAUAGAGUUAACAAAUAUGAAUGUUUAUCAAAUAAAAAUUAACAAUAAAGUGUUUGUAUUACUUUGA